UGAAGAUGGCGGACGUUUACGUGGCCUUACUCCAUUCCAAACAAAUUCCCAAGAUGCUGCCUCAGUAACCGGCCGCUAAGGGAAAACAUGUGAAAGGUGAUAGCCAAAUAAAAUUCUUGCAUGAUGGCUAAAAUGGAACGUGAAGAGGCAAAGGAACGUGUGCUACAAAGACUUGAAUCUGACCUCACAUCGGCUGAUCUACAGUGGAGUUUGUUUAUUGUAGCUCUGGAAAGUUACAGACAUGACAGCAUAUUGAGACCCUUUCCUUCUGCGUAUGUGGAGGGUGAUGGUGAUAAGAAUGUUCAAAGGCUGGUUCAAGUUUGCAGUAUUGUUCCUUCAUUUGACAAGCUAUUGACGGAAACCAGUAAGGUUUAUGCUCAAGAAACUUGGGACAUCUUGGACUGGGCACUGGAUAGAACAUUUUCACUGAGAUCUGUUGAGAAAUCUGUGUUCUUAGAGAUUGAGCGAAAAACUGGUCAAGCAAGUUACUGUUCCACCACACCUGACUUCAUAUUUGAAGUUGUUUACAGUGAGACAAAUACUCUCAGUGCAAUGUUUGAUGAUAUGUCACAGACUCGUGAUGUUUGGUAUGCUUACCAUGGUAGUAGAGUGGACAAUUUUCAUUCUAUUUUGAAUAAUGGAUUACAUGCACAUCUUAACAAAACAUCAUUUUUCGGAGAAGGAACCUACCUGUCAAGUGAUCUAACUGUUUGUAUGAAUUACAGUAGUUUUGGUUCAGGGUGGAAGAACAGCACGAUAGGAGAAAAAUUAAGUUGUGUGGCUGUCUGUGAGAUCCUGGACCAUCCAGAUGUGAAGUGCACUAUCAAAUCUAAAACAAAUGACAACAGACUUCAUCGUUCAAGGGCCAGAGCAAGAAACAGUGAGGGAGGGGAUGUUCCUGAGAGAUAUUAUGUGGUUACAAACAACCACGUUGUUAGGGUGAAAUAUGUACUGGUGUAUGCUGAGAAGAAAGCACCCACUAGGACACAAGCUCAUAACUGGCUCAUAUGCCGAUAUCCAUUGGCUUCAAUUAUGGUCGUCUAUAUCUUGGUUUUAAUUUGUGUGGGAUUCUCCAAAACAAGACAGUUCCAAAAGUUUUAUAGCAAAUAUUUCAAAGGAAGCUAACUUACCAUAGGUUGAAAUAUAUUUUUGAAUUCUUUUAAGUAAAUAUUUAAAAUUAUGCAAUACUUUAACUCAGUAUCUGGUGGCUAUAAAAUGAAGGGUAUUUUUUAAGGUUUUUAAGGAAUUUUUUGUAAUUGUUGUAGGUAGUUUAGUUGUUGCUUGCACUGAUAAAAGAGGGUAUAUUCUGAUAAAUGGAAGGAAAUAAAAUCAAUAAGAGUUAAAUUCAUUCACUCCCACGAAGUCCCAUAAUCAGGGGAAUUAUUAAAAAAAAAAAAAAAUGAAACAUUAAAAUGUUUCAGGACCUGAUGAUCCUCAGCAAAUAACUUUUUGAAUUAUUAACCCAUUCAAAGGAAACAGCCCAUUUUUUAGUCUCAUGAGUUUUGCUUUGCUCAAAUGUUCAAGUACACAUAGCAGUAAGGACCUUAGAGUAUUUCUUCUUAGCUAAUACAAAAUCUGAAGCGCUUAUGCAUUAUUAGGGACGACAAAGCCAUACUUCUUCUCAUGAGCAGUUGGGUUGAGGGAGCUUCACCAAACUGCAAAGGUGAGGGGAGGGGGUGGGUCAAACUUGUUGCCAUUGCUUUACCCUUGAAAACUUGGGAUGGGGAAAGCCUUGGGAGUGCGGUUGUGAGUGAGCAAAAUACUUUUCUUGCCCCCUUUCAUUCCCUUUUCUUUCUCUUGUCUAUCAUCUACAACCUUUCAGCAACUUCUUUCUUUUCAUGAAGAAGUACUGAACACUUGAUCAGUAUCCCUUGGCCACUAUUUACUCUGCAAUAUGGUUUCAAAAUGCAAGAAUGAUUUUUUAAUUGUGAAAAAUUUAAUACACUCUCAUGCAGUUAAAUAUCCUGAUUAAAAGAAUUUUUAAAUACA